GGGCCCGUGGAGGUCGGCCGUGUCCUUGCGGCGCGGCGAGGGGUAAGCGUGUGUGUACGCCGGGCGGUCGGCGCGGCCACUCGGUCUCUGAGGUGUAGUCCGCGGGCAGAGCUCACCAUGUUGUCCCGGGCAGCGCGCAGCGCGAGCAGGACGCUGGUGCCGGCGUCUGGGUCGCUGGGUUCCAGGCAGAAGCACAGCCUCCCCGACCUGCCGUACGAUUAUGGCGCCCUGGAGCCUCACAUCAGCGCCCAGAUCAUGCAGCUGCACCACAGCAAGCACCACGCGACCUACGUGAACAACCUGAACGCCGUCGAGGAGAAGUAUCUGGAGGCGCUGGAGAAGGGUGACGUUACAACUCAGGUAGCUCUUCAGCCUGGGCUCAAGUUCAAUGGUGGAGGCCAUAUCAAUCAUUCCAUCUUCUGGACCAACCUGAGCCCUAAGGGUGGUGGAGAACCCAAAGGAGAAUUGCUGGAAGCCAUCAAACGUGAUUUUGGUUCUUUCGACAAAUUUAAGGAGAAGUUGACCACUGUAUCUGUUGGCGUCCAAGGCUCAGGUUGGGGUUGGCUUGGUUUCGAUAAGGAACAGGGACGCUUGCAGAUUGCUGCUUGUUCUAACCAGGAUCCACUGCAAGGAACAACAGGUCUUAUACCACUACUGGGGAUCGAUGUGUGGGAGCAUGCUUACUACCUUCAGUAUAAAAAUGUCAGACCGGAUUACCUAAAAGCUAUUUGGAAUGUAAUCAACUGGGAGAAUGUAACGGAGAGAUACAUGGCUUGCAAAAAGUAAAACAUGAUCAUUACAUUUAGCAAAAUAAGCUUCUCACAACUAUUUUUGUAGUAGUGCAGAGUACCGUAGUAUGCCAGUAAGCUGCUUUUUUGUAGCAUUUCUUAAUGUAGCUUGUUCAAGCAUUUGAUGAACAUGAUUUAAUGCUAUGAAUUUCUUGUUUUCAAAUUUUGUUAUUGGGCGACUGAAAAUAGUAAGUGCUUUGUUUGAUUUAGUCUUUUGGUUGAACAUCUUCUUCUGAGAGCUGAAACAGCCAGCAGGUUAUAAUUGCCAUCAUAAAACUGUCAAAAAGAUCUCAUCCCUGUCCUCUUAGGGCCUCUGGGGAAGCCUUUUUGCUCCUGUUCUGUUGCACUUGUAGAAAACCUGGUCCUUUGCCCAGUUGUUUAAUGAUAAAAGGUUAAAUUUGUUUCCCAAGGGAAAUGUUCAGUUUUUCUAUUGAAAAUUGCUCUUUUUUGUAAGUAAUCUGUCUAGUAGUACUUG